AUUCUCUCAUAAAUUUUUGUGUAAAGCUGGAUCACAUUUAUCUUCCUCCUCCGUAUUUGUGAUUCUGAAAACUUUAGUUCACGAAAAAAGUCAACAACUCGUAAGAAGCAAAGCAGACCAAGAAGAAAAUGGCAGGAGGGUCGUUUGGUCCAACGGGUGUGGCUAAAGAAAGAGCAGAACAGUACCAAGGGAAAGUCACUAGCUAUGUCAUCGUCGCUUGUCUUGUUGCAGCCAUCGGUGGAUCCAUCUUUGGAUAUGACAUUGGAAUCUCAGGAGGAGUCACAUCAAUGGAUGAGUUUCUUGAUCAGUUUUUCCAUACGGUUUAUGAGAAGAAGAAGCAAGCUCAUGAGAGUAAUUACUGCAAAUAUGAUAAUCAAGGAUUAGCUGCUUUCACUUCUUCCCUCUACUUGGCUGGUCUGGUUUCAACUCUGGCCGCUUCACCCAUCACUAGAAACUAUGGAAGGCGUGCGAGUAUUGUUUGUGGUGGAGUCAGUUUUUUUAUUGGAGCUGCUUUGAAUGCUGGAGCUGUGAAUUUAGUAAUGCUCCUUGCAGGAAGAAUCUUGCUUGGUGUUGGCAUUGGGUUUGGUAAUCAGGCGGUUCCUUUGUAUCUAUCAGAAGUGGCACCAACACAUCUCCGAGGUGGUUUAAACAUGAUGUUUCAGUUAGCUACAACUCUUGGAAUCUUCACAGCAAACAUGGUCAACUACGGUACACAACAGCUUAAGCCUUGGGGAUGGAGACUCUCUCUCGGCUUAGCUGCUUUUCCAGCUAUGCUCAUGACGCUAGGAGGGUAUUUCUUACCCGAGACACCAAACAGUUUGGUCGAAAGAGGGUUGACGGAGAGAGGAAGACGAGUUCUAGAGAAGCUAAGAGGUACCAAAAACGUAGACGCCGAGCUUCAAGACAUGGUAGAUGCAAGCGAGCUUGCGAACUCCAUCAAACACCCUUUCAGGAACAUUCUACAGAAACAGCAUAGGCCUCAGCUAGUUAUGGCUAUCUGCAUGCCAAUGUUUCAGAUCCUUACAGGGAUAAACUCAAUCCUCUUCUAUGCACCUGUUCUGUUUCAGACAAUGGGGUUUGGAGGAAACGCUUCUCUCUACUCAUCAGCUUUAACAGGAGCUGUUCUUGUCCUAUCAACGUUAAUCUCCAUAUCACUAGUGGAUAAACUAGGACGGCGAGCUCUUCUUAUCAGCGGAGGGGUGCAGAUGAUAAUCUGUCAAGCCAUAGUCUCAGUGAUCUUGGGAGUGAAGUUUGGAGACAACCAAGAGCUCUCAAAAGGGUACUCAAUAGUAGUAGUCAUCUUCAUCUGUCUCUUUGUGGUAGCUUUUGGAUGGUCAUGGGGACCUCUAGGAUGGACCAUACCGAGCGAGAUCUUUCCAUUGGAGACUCGUUCAUCUGGUCAGAGUAUAACGGUUGCUGUGAAUCUCCUCUUCACUUUCUUCAUAGCUCAAGCUUUCCUCUCUUUGCUAUGUGCAUUCAAGUUUGGAAUCUUUCUUUUCUUUGCUGGAUGGGUCUCAGUGAUGACAAUCUUUGUUUACUUCUUGUUGCCUGAAACCAAAGGAGUGCCUAUUGAAGAGAUGACGCUGUUAUGGAAGAAACAUUGGUUCUGGAAAAAAGUAUUGCCUGCAACAAAUCAUGAAGCUGAGAGUAACAACAACAGUUCUAUAUAAACUGGUUUUGUAAGGUCAUUAGUCUUUUUGAUUUUGUCAAGAAGAAUCAAAAAAAAUUUGUGUUAAAGAUUUUAUUGCAUAUGUAAUAACAAGUUGUGAUCAUCA